AUGCUUAAAAAUCACCUUAAAGAGGAACAAAAAACCUCUGAAAAUCUUGUUAACAUCCUUUCUCAGUGCAAGUUAAAUCCGUCUGAGGAUCCCUUAAAUGAGCUUAAAACGUCAAUUCCUCAAAAAAUUCAGGAGCUUGAAGAGCAGAAAAAAGUCUUUGAAGAACAAGAUAAAGCCCUUAAAAAUGAGGGGAAAGCUUCUAAAAAUGCCUCUGAAAUUGACAAACUUAAUAAGGAUCUUCAGUCUCAUCAGGCUUCCAAGAGGUCUCUUGAGACACUGAAAGAGCUUUGUGAUUUUGCUAAAAAAAUUCAAAAAAAUAAUGAAAAUCCUAAAAAGCUUUUAGAGAGUCUUUGUGGAGGCCUCGAAAAAUUUCUCGGCUUCAAGAAUGGUAAUUACACCGGAGAGGGAAUCGUGUACUCGGACCUUGACAGGCUCUGCGACGGGGUGAUGUCUUUCCUUCAUGGUGUUUUAGAUAACAUCCAGCCUAAAUUGGGCUUACAUAGUCAUCACAUUACAACAGCAAUUGAGUCUCUUAAGCUUCAUAAACACUCUGGCAAAGAGGGUUUUAAUACUGCGAUUGUCAAGGUGGCGGAGGGGGUGAACAAGUAUAAUGUGAGUGUUAGGGAGGGGAAUGAAAAAGUCUCUGCUCCAAUCAAGAAGCUUCAAGACUUCUUAACAACAGGUGAGUGGUUUAAAAGGUUUAAUUCUUUGCAGGCGGAGAACAUUUCUGGAUAUCCCAAGGUUGAAGACCUUCAUGUGACUUCGGCCGACGGACUGGUGAAGGAGUGCCUUGGGAACGCGGAGAAACAUUUUAGACCAUUAGAUAUUGCAAUCACAAAUAAUAAUGACAUCGAAACAGCAAUUAAUGAUCUUAACUAUGAAUUACGUGAUAAAGUCAAUAAAGCGCGUAAAACAAUUAGACAUGAGAUUGACCUGUUGACCCAACUCUCAAUGAAGGCGAAAGCCGACAGGGAGGCAGUGAAAAAUCAGGUGACUGAGCAGUUAGACAAUUUAAAUGAGGAUGUGAAGCAAAAGACGAAGAAACGUAUGGAGAAGUUAAGAGAAUUUUUGCUCGAAAAGGUUAAGUCCAUAAAUGAGUUGCUAGUGGAUGUUAAUGCGAAGCUUAAGGGGUAUGUGAAAGAUCUUGAUCAGUGGAUCAAAGAUGCGGAGGCAUAUGUCGUAUAUGCAAUUAAAAUGGCGAAAAAGAUGACCGAAAAAGAUUUUGUUAAAACUGAAGACGAAGCGAUUAAGGCCGCCGCCACAAAAUUGCUGAAAGAUGGUCAGACGCUGUGGACCGCGUACGAAAAUGCUAAUGCCCUAGUUACCGAGGCGAUUGCUACGGCUACAAGCAGGAUUGACGGUUUAAAGAACGAUGUCGUGUUGGAUUUGGAGGAGUUGAGAGAUGCAAUCAAGUCAAAAGUGGGAGAUUAUAUAUCUAAAUUGGCUGCAGCGAUCGAUCACGCUUCUGAACGUAUUAGUAGUACGUAUAGUGGUCAGGGCGUAUCCGCACUAUAUCUUAAGUUGGAUAAUAAGAGUCAGCUAUACCAGGUGCUGUAUAGCGUUGCGCAGAACCGAACAGAUCUCACGAAAGAUCUAGAAAAUGCUAUGACCGCUUUUCGGCAUGCGAAGAGUAAGUGGAAGGGGAAAAACCCUAUUCCAACCCCUGACUCCCUGAUUGAGGCUCUCUCGUCUGACACCAAGAAACAGAUUCAAGAUGCAUACGAUGAGCGUAAUAAUGGGCACGUCGGUGUCGAUCCGACCAAAAAGAUACUCACUCAAAAUUUUGAGAAUAAAAAAGAUAUUGACAAACAGGCUAUAAAUGAUAUUUCGGCGCAGUUGCAAGAAACUGAGAAGCCUGUUGACGAAGGUAGUAUUGAUGGCGCUUUAUUCGAAACGCAGUCCAAACAGGUCACCGAGAACCUUAUGAUGGUCCUACAGAAAUUCAUAAGUGUCGGGAGUAAAAAUAAGGUGGAGUUGGAAACACUGAAUGGCACAUUUGAAGCAAUUAAGAAUGCGAAAACCAACAUACACACCCUUCGAACCAGUGAAUUAAAAGAGGCCAUGAAGCAGACCUCCGCAUUAAUCACCGCUCUGCCAAGAGCCAUCGACAACACCUAUAAAGACAUUGACAAGUAUCUGUCCGAUCAUGUCAAAAAAGCAAAAGCUUCAAUUUUGAAUGUUGUCAACAAACGCUACGUGACGUCCAUCCAGUUAAUUCUCAACCAAUUUGCCGACAAAAUAAGCACUGAACUUGACGGGCUCCCCGAAGCUAUAAAUCGCGAUUUAAGAAUUGGCCACAAGGGCCUCAUGAGGACUAUGCAAGGUGUAUUUGUCGGCAGUAAUACCACGGAUGAAAAUAUUAAGAGGCUUCAAGAUUUGGCAACUAACAUGUCAAGUCUUGGUAAAAAGGAAGCAUUCCAACAAUUAUGUAACGUAUUCCAGUACUAUUUUGGGCUGAUAAAGGAUUAUGUCGACGGGGAUAUCACUCGGGUCAACGAGGAGGAAAACAGGAAAAAGAAUCCUUCAGUUCCCAAGUUAGAGGAUCCCUAUGCUUCAAUGUUUCAGAGCAUUUUCGAAGCAUUCAACAAUUUACUCACUCACCUCAACACUCAACAUAGAUACGACCAUAAGGUCCCCGAAAUGCUUGACGAUCUGGAAUCAGCAUUGUCUCAGCUGAGACCAAAAGAUUUCUCCCUGCCGAAUAGUCCCACAUUGGACGGUGUCACUGCAGGACUGGGCAAAUUUACGGGUGAGUUAAGGAAAGUUUAUAUCUCUACAUACGACAGUCAGACGUUUGAACAUGAGUUGGAGGACGCUGAAUUCUUAAUUAGCAACACGGGAAACAGGACUAUAAAAAAGUUAAGUGGAUACGGUGAGAAGUGUUCGAAGGUUUUAUUGACUGCAUUUCCCAUGAUUCACAAGAUGUUGAUGAAGUUGAACAAAUAUGGCAAUAUGGGUUGGAAAAGAGAACAAAUCAUUAACACCAACAACCUUGGUAAAUUCUUUACCGAUAACGGUUACAAGGUGAAUUCCGAGCCGAGCAAGCAGACUGGAGAAUUGUGGGAUCAUGCUGAUCGCACUGGUAGCUCUAUUGCCACCAAACUUGCGCAGUUCGAGUUGUCCAAUGUUUUAACAUCCAACAGGCGCCCUCUCACUGACGUUAUCUCUGAGCUUCACACUCACCUACAAUACUACAAUCAGACUUGUCACAUUAGAAACAUACAGUCACCUAAGAUGCCUUGUAACAUCCAUCAGAUGCUCACAUGGUUUAGUGGUCUCCCACAUAACCGUGUUCACAAAAAUCUUACAGAUCACAUAUUAAAGCUGUUCUCAAAACCCGAGAAUGUAGAUGUCCCGAAACCAUCCGAUUACAUUCUCAAUGCGUAUCCAUCGGGCUUUUCUGCUCAGAACAUAAUUGAUGCACUUAACCGUGUGUGCCACAAAUCCCAUGACGUUCUUGUUGCAAUCCAAGGCCACGGCCAUGCAGAUGGCAUCUACGCCUGCGACUUUUAUACAAACGUAGAGAAUUUGUCGUAUCCCAGUAAUAUGGACACAUUGCUUUGCCUCUUACUCGGUAUUGCCAAACGCAUUUACCAACAGCUUCACUUCUUGUAUCAACAAUGUACGUUCGAUACCACUAUGAGUGGCUGGUCGGACUGUUGGUAUGGUCAGGGUGUUGGCGGAUCAGCGUGGCAGUGCAAUACUCUGCAAUGUCCUAACCAAAAUGAUGACCAAUGUGCUAACCAAGGUGGUACCCAAACAGCUGACCAACUGGGUGACCAACCAUGUAAGCAACACCCUAAGUGCGGACUAAAAUCUUCACUCCAGUCGUUUUUGGAGGACGGUUUACAGGGCUUCCUGCCUCACGUUCUAACAUCCGGCAAAGGUAUUACAUGUCUCACGUGCACUAAGACGUCAUCCGGUAUGCCAUGUCAAACGCCUAUGGGUUAUCCGGAAAUCGCUGUUACAGCGUCCCACAGACAGACUGGUGAGCAUAUUAAAAACGUGCUGCAUACAUUUUGUGGCAAUCUAGACUCUCCCCUCACCAAGCUAUGUGCGCGAUUCAAUUGUCUGAUGCCUAGUCCGCCGGUAACGCUAGGUGGCAUGUUCGCCUUUUUCUAUGGUUUAUUCAAUAAUUGGAGUAAAUCCGAUGCCCACAGGAAAACGGCGCUACAUAAUGCCGUCACAAAGGCGCACUUCGGCGUCGAAUAUAAUGACAUGGACAACUGCUAUAAAUUGUUUGAAUCUUCGAAACACUCGUCCACACAGACGCAAAUUGCCAUACCAGCGAUACAAAAUGUGGAGCGUAUAUAA